CUCACAGCGACGCUUCCAGAUUGUUCUAUGCGACGUCACUUUCCUGCGACAGGACGAGUCACCAAAACAAGCGUGAGUCGCCCGUAACAGUUUUGUAAAAGCAAAAAAAAAAAUACAUUAAAUUAAAUUAAAAAAUAAAAUGAUAAAAUGCCAAUUUGUUGGCUCAUCAGCGAGGAGGGCAAUCAUAAACCCAUUCAGCUGUCCCACUUACAGACAGUUGUCCUGGGUCGAGGUCCAGAAACGACUAUUAAAGACAAAAAAUGCUCCCGGCACCAAGUUGAAUUGAAAGCAGAAUGCAACAAAGGUUAUGUCAAAGUUAAACAGCUGGGCGUGAACCCCACCUCCAUAGACUCUGUGGUGGUGGGUACAGGCAAUGAGAUCAAAAUGAAGCCUGGACAGCAGCUUCAUAUUGUCAAUCAGCUCUAUCCAUACACUGUACAGUUCAAAGAGGAUCCCACCGGCAACCACGGUGGCACCAAAAGACCACGAGAGUCAGCUCCAGAUGACAGAGAGAGUCAGAGAGAGUCUCAGAAAAUGAAAGCCACCAAACAGACAGAAAAGCUCUCUGUGUCAGUCAGCCAUGGAGAAGCCACAAAAACCAGUGAAAAUGUUGGACAUUGGAGCCAAGGUCUGAAGAUUUCAAUGCAAGACCCAAAGAUGCAGGUAUACAAGGAUGAUAAGAUAGUGGUAAUUAAAGAUAAAUACCCAAAAGCUCGCUACCACUGGCUGGUCCUCCCGUGGCAGUCCAUCCCCAGUCUGAAGGCGUUGCGUGAGGAGCACUGUGACCUGGUGAAACACAUGCAGCAAGUUGCUGACCGGAUGGUUCAGCAGUGCCCCGAUGCUAGCUCACUACGCUUCCGCACAGGGUACCAUGCCAUCCCAAGUAUGAGUCAUGUUCAUCUCCAUGUGAUCAGCCAGGACUUUGAUUCUCCUUGUUUAAAGAACAAGAAGCACUGGAACUCAUUCACAACAGACUAUUUCAUUGAGUCUCAUGAUGUCAUUCAGAUGCUUGAAACAAACGGGAGGGUCACUGUGAAAGAAGGCGCCAGUGAGAUGUUGAAACUACCUCUGCGCUGUCACGUGUGUCACAAAGAGCUUCCCACUAUACCGGCUCUGAAGGAACACCUGAAGUCUCACUUUCCCAGAUAAGACUGUGACUUCAAAGAGGAGAUCCAAUGCCCCAGAUGGCCAUGGGCUCAACAUAGGACUCUUGGCACGUUGGACAUUAUUUUUGCCUGUUAAUUAUGGUUUAUGGUUUUUUUAAAACACGUCAUUGAGUAUUGUGAGUACGUGACCCCGAACACAAUGUCCACGUACAGCUUUUGUUCCAUUUUCAACUCGUUAUUUGUCAGUAGGUUUAAGAGGAGGAUCACUGCAAGAUGCACGGCAUUCAUGCUGGACGUCACCGGACAAUUCAUGAGAUUUCAUCUAUUCUUCCUAAAUUUUCAAACAUGUUUAAUUAUGUUGUAUUAAAUGUUUUGUAAGAA